CCGCGCCCUGGACGCAGCGGCGGCGCCGAGGCCCGGGGACAGGGGACAGCCAGGUCGCCAACAUGAGUGGCCACAACUUGGAAAGGAACGAUGAGUUUGAUGAGCAGUUGCGAUUGCAAGAAUUGUACGGAGACCCCAAGGACGGUGACAUCCAGAAGGAGCCCGGCGGUGAAAACGAUACCUUCGGCCAGCCGCCGGCGGACACCCCCUACGAGUGGGACCUGGACAAGAAGGCUUGGUUCCCCAAGAUCACUGAAGAUUUCAUCGCUACGUAUCAGGCCAAUUAUGGCUUUUCUAGUGAUGGUGCAUCCAGCUCUACUGCAAGUGUGCAAGAUGUGAAUGCUAGGACUGUAGAGCAACCUCCACAAAGAAAAACCCCUGAACCCAGUGAUCCCAAGAAGAGGGGAGAAAAGAGAAAGACUGAGUCAGGAUGGUUUCAUGUUGAAGAAGACAGAAAUACGAAUGUAUAUGUGUCUGGUUUGCCUCCAGACAUCACAGUGGAUGAAUUUAUACAGCUCAUGUCCAAGUUUGGCAUCAUUAUGAGAGAUCCUCAAACAGAAGAAUUUAAGGUCAAGCUUUACAAAGAUAAUCAAGGAAAUCUUAAAGGCGAUGGGCUAUGCUGUUAUUUGAAGAGGGAAUCUGUGGACCUCGCAUUGAAACUCUUGGAUGAAGAUGAAAUUAGAGGCUACAAAUUACAUGUCGAGGUUGCAAAGUUUCAACUGAAGGGGGAAUAUGACGCCUCAAAGAAGAAGAAGAAGUGCAAAGACUACAAGAAGAAAUUGUCUCUGCAGCAAAAGCAGUUGGAUUGGAGACCUGAGAAAAAAGCCGGACCAUCUCGAAUGCGCCAUGAGCGAGUUGUCAUCAUCAAAAAUAUGUUUCAUCCUAUGGAUUUUGAGGAUGAUCCAUUGGUGCUGAAUGAGAUCAGAGAAGACCUUCGAGUAGAGUGUGCAAAGUUUGGACAAAUUAGGAAGCUCCUUCUCUUUGAUAGACACCCAGAUGGAGUGGCCUCUGUGUCCUUUAGGGAUCCAGAGGAAGCUGAUUAUUGCAUUCAAACCCUUGAUGGAAGGUGGUUUGGUGGCCGUCAAAUCACAGCAGAAGCUUGGGAUGGGACUACAGAUUAUCAGGUGGAAGAGACCACAAGAGAAAGGGAGGAAAGGCUGAGAGGAUGGGAGGCUUUCCUCAAUGCUCCUGAAGCCAACAGAGGCCUUCAGCGUUCAAAUUCUGUCUGUGCUUCAGAAAGGGCAGGACCUUCCAGAGUGAGGCAUUUUUCCGAGCACCCUAGCACAUCUAAAGCAAAUGCUGAAGAAGCCACAAGUAACAUGGCAUUUGAAGAACCUAUAGAGGAAAAGAAAUUUGAAAAAGCAGAAGAAGAUGGAGGAGAAUUUGAAGAAGAUGCAACUGGAAAAAAUCCUAAAGAAGAUGGCCCUGAAAAGGUGGCUGAAGAAAGCCGCCCCCCAAAAAAAUUUGAAGAAAGCUGCCUCCAGAAUCAGUCUGAGGCUGGCUGCCUCAAAAGAAAGCAUAACGAAGAGUGCCCUGAAAGGGAAUCUGGAGAAAGCAGUGUGGGGAAGGAGCUUAAAGAGGGCAAUCCUAAAAAGGAAGCUAAGGAGAAUGGCCCUGAAAAAGAAUCAGGAAAGAAAAGAGUCAAGAAUGAUUAUGAGGAGAAUGGCAUUGAAAAGGGGUCUGACGAAGAUAGCCUUGACAAGGAGGGGAAAGAGGGCAGCCCCUCAAAGGAGUCUGAAGAAGAUGCCUCAGAAGGAGAAUCUGAAGACUGCUCUGAAAAGCAUUUUGAAGGUGGCUCUGAGAAAGAAUUUGAAGAGAAUGGUCUCGGAAAAGAUUUUGAUGAAGAUGAUGCUGACAAGGAGUUUAAUGAAAACAUUCUCGAAAAAGAGCUCGAAGAAAAUGACUCUGCAAGAUCAGAAUUUGAUGACGACAGCUCUGAAAACGUGUUAGAUGAAGAAGGCUCUGAGAGAGACUUUGACCAAGAGUCAGAUGAAAAGGAAGAAGAGGAGGAUGCGUAUGAGAAAGUAUUCGAUGAUGAAUCUGAUGAAAAAGACGGCGAAGAAGAUACAGAUGAAAAGGAGGAAGAUGCAGACGAAAAGCUGUUCGAAGAGUCAGAUGAAAAGGAGGAUGAAGACGUAGCUGUAAAGGAAGAUGAAGACGUCAAUGACAAGUUGUACACAUUCGAAGAUGACGAUUCCAGUGAGAAGCUGUUUGGCGACUCUGAUGAGAGAGGGAGUGUGGGUGGUGUGGGGGAUCCUAAGGAAGAUGGCCCUCUGUCCACAGGCAGCAGCUUUGUCCUCAGUAGUGAUGACGAUGACGAUGACGACGACGACGACAUUUAAUCCCUUCAGCGUGCUUUUUAGGGAGAAGAGUCCUCCAUCUACAUCUUGCCUGUUUGCCAGGGUAAUUGCCAGUAGUGUCACAUGAACAUGUGCAUAGGGGUAGGAUGCCAUCAGAUUAAUGUAUUGAUGUUUUCAUUAUUACUGUACUUAAUGAUUUUAAAUACAUGUUAAGUGGCUGUUCGGUUAAAACUUCAUAGUUACAGUGCAAGUAAACUGGAAACAUGUCCUUUGUCGGAUUUGUUAAAUGCAUGCAGAAUAAUAUUUUUUAAAAGUAUUCUGAUUGAAGUUUGUGAUAUUCAGAAAUAAAAUUAAGUUGUUAAUAUGCAGAAACUGAAAAAUUGGACUUGAGUUAAAUUGCAUUUUAAAUUGCCGCUAUUGCUUUAUUCAUACUAAAAUCUGGUUUUUCUAAGGACUAGAAACAUCCCAUAGGAGUCUCCUUGCUUCUAGCUUAUGUUACCUCUCAUGUCCUCAUUUCCCUGCUGUAAACCAGGUGUUACUAACCUUGUAAAGUAAAUAACACUUUGGAGUUUUUCCUUCGCCAGUCUUUGCAAGUUGCUUUUGUUUUCUGCCCUCUUUCUAUGAACAUUGACUCUCGGAUGUGCAAAAGUGAACUUCCUGCAUAUAUGAAGGAGGACGUUAGAAUUGAAUCAUGUAUUGUUUGGGCCCUUUUACAAGUUGAUUAAAGUUAAGGGACCUGUCCCCAGAAAACUGUAUGCACACACUACACAACUUUUGGUAUACAGUUUGGGGAGGGCCUUGGAGCGCCUGGAACUUAAGAACUGCUUUUGUCAUGCAUACUUCAGUUUUUUGUUCUUGUUCUAGAAUCAAGGCACCUAGAACUGUGCUAAGUUGUGUAGUCCCAGUGCAAUUCGGGUCUUUCUUGUUUAUGCUUUCCAAAUUCAGUGUUGAUGAAUUGACUUCUGAUGUAGAAUUAAGAAGUUAUUCUCAUAAAUUAGAAGUAUUAUAAAAUAAACUGCAAUGAUGCUUUUUCAUGAUACCAGCUGUAAGUGUAAUCUUUGCCCUCUCUCAGACAGGAAAGAUUUCUCAUACUUCAAGCCAGAUUUCUGCGGAUUCUCUAGUUGAUGUCUGGGAUUUCUUAAAAUCAUCAGAAUUUCCACCAGGGAUCCACCAAUAAAAGGAGGUGAAGAAAGUUAAGUACAGAAAAAUUGCAAACCAAAAUAGUGUUUUCUUUGCAGAUAAACUAGGGGCGUUUAAACGCUAAAUGUGUUGGAAAAUUGGUUUUCUAAACAAAAAACGCAUUAUCUCCCAUACACAGUGGUUGGGACACAUGAUCACAGUGUAAAUUAGCUCUAGAACUGUUAGAUGGACGCUGUAUUCAUUCUAAAUUAAUUUGGUUGAUAGCAAAUACUCACCUCUUUUUAUAUACACACCCUGGAGACGAAAGUCACAAACAGCUGUAAAAUAGUAAAUAAUUUAUGAGGUGACACAGAAAUAGAGUCAUGAAUCGCGCACAACACAGUAACCUGUUUACUAAGGAAUCGGGUUUCACUGGUCCUCAAAAUGGAAUUAACUGUGAGUCAACAAUACAUAAUGUUAUCAAAGGAGAAACAUGGGGGUGAAUUUUAAGCACAUAAUGUUCAACAAUUACCUGAUAAUUUCUAAAGUUAGUGCUUCAUAAGACUAUAUAGUUUUACAAAAAUAUAAAAUAAUGUAUUCAAUCCUGAGUCCAUGGAGCAGAAGUGGCCUUGGGAUGCCUUUAAGUGGCUUGAAUGCCCUAGUCUGAGUCCACAAACUUGAAACUUCACAUUAGAAAUUAAAGAUAUUACUGGUCUUCUGCAUGAUUUCACUCAUGCAGUGACUAGAAAUAGAAUAUAAAUGGGAAAUCAGACAAAAUUGAACCCUAGAAAUACAACUAGAAUUGAGGCUACCAGAGUGGGAGUUGGAGUGGGAGGCUCGAAGAACUGUGGUGGAACUGGGUGCCUUGCUGGUGGUGAGGUACAACAUCUAAACAGGUGUGGACCUAUACCCUUAAUUCAUACGCAGUGUUGCAAACCAAAGUUACA